GCGCGCUGCUCUGUCUGGUUUGGAGGGGAAACGAAAAGAAUCCAGACCCAGACACGCCGCCGCGCGCAAGCCCAGACAGCGGCCUGAAUGCCUGGGAUGAGCGCGGGACGGCGGUGGUACGCGCGACAGCUUGGCCGGGCCACGUAGCGGGGGCUGAAGACACCGGUGCGCAGGUAUCUACCGCAGCCCAUAACGCACAUCAACACACAAACUCCCGCAUUUUGCACAAAAACAUCAUCGGCGUUGUCUUUUCUAAAUGCACAUCCGCGAAUGUAGAGGGAGCGGGAGCAAGAGAAGUGCGCGUGCAACCCCGAAUCUGUGCAACUCUGAUUGCACGAACGCAGGAGGGAGGUCGCUCGCGACGGAGGUGAUGCGCUGUAAAUGGCUCUUCAAGCAGUACACAGAAAUCCUUACAGCAGCUCCAUGUCUGGCAUUCAGCUCGUCUUUACGUGCUCUGCGGUUUGAAGACACUGGCACCUUGCAGGGCAGCAGCCUUCAGAGAAACUGAAUCUGGCAGCUGCCUACAUCUCGCAUAUUAACUCGAGGAAUUUAGCUUCAAAUGUUCAGCAUCAAAGACACUGAGCCUUUGGUUUUGCAGUCUGAUUUUUAAGCGUAUGGAACAAAACUUGGAGCAGAUUGUAUGUCUUUCCAACUGCAUUUAUUCCUACCUUGGACAGCAUGGAUGCUCUUUUUGAAUCAGGUUGACUAUCUGUCCCCUCAUCCCCUCCUUCCUGUCUCUUCAGUAGAAGGAGGGUGGGGGAUUGGUGUGGCAUCCCCUGCCCCUCCUUGUAGAGUUGGCUACUCUACCUAGACACCAUUGCAGUUACUAUUUUCCAUUGCCUUGUGCUCCAACCAUCUCCAUCCCUCCAUCCCAUCUCCCUCUUCAUGAAAUCCUGCAAGAGCCUCAAGGACGAGGUUUCUAUCCCGAGCCUUGGCGGGAUGUCACAGGAGGAAGGACGCAGGGCGCCAGUGUCCCAGUCUUAUUUUCACUCCCCUAAUCCAGAUCUGGACUUGACAGGCAAGCUGUAUAAGAGGGAGGUUGGUGGUAAGCCUUAUUCUGUGUUAGUGGACAAUAAAAUGGCAGCAAAGACAUCGAUGGGGGAUCAGAACAUAGGUCAGUUGCCAACUCAACAUGUGACUUCACAGCAACAUCAGCAGUAUUUCAGAGAGGGAGGAGCAGGUCAGGCGGUGGGGACACAGGGGUCUCAGGCCGGCAACGACGGCACCUCUGAUGACACUGAAGAUGAUGAUGACGAUGAGGAAGAAGAGGGUGAGGAUGAAGAGGAGGAUGGCGAGGAGGGGGGCUUCAAGCGUGAGCAGAUCAUUGUCGAGGUUAACCUGAACAACCAGACACUUCACGUAUCCAAGGGGGACAACAAAACUGGAACCACGGCUGAUGACUCUGAGAGAGCUGGCAGCGAUGAUGACGAAGACGAUGAAGAUGAGGAGGAGGAAGAGGAGGAGGAGGAGGACGACGAGGAGGACAGCCCUGAUGAAGAAGAGGAGGAAGAUGACGAGGAAGAUGAGCUUGAGAGUCGAAGAACAAGGUCAAAGAGGGCCCGUCGGGGCGCUAGUAGCGCAGCAGCUCCCAGCCAGCCACGGAGGAAAAGCUUGAGAACGGCUCUGAGCACUGCCACAGCUGGAAUGACCACCAGGGGCCGGCGGAAGCGCAUGGAGCCUCCAAAGAGCAAGCGCAGGUCAGCCAGGUCAGCCCCAUCGUCUGCCGGUUCCACAACGACAGGAGGGAAAGCAGAGGCGGAGGAGAGAGAGAUGCUGGCGUGCGAAAAGUGCCCUCGAGUGUUUAACACACGCUGGUACUUAGAGAAGCACAUGAAUGUCACACACAGGCGGAUGCAGAUUUGUGACAAGUGUGGCAAAAAGUUUGUCCUGGAGAGUGAGCUGGCCUUACACCAGCAGACUGACUGUGAGAAGAACAUCCAGUGUGUCUCCUGCAACAAGUCUUUUAAGAAGCUGUGGUCACUGCACGAGCACAUUAAGAUUGUGCACGGCUAUGCAGAGAAGAAGUUCUCAUGUGAAAUCUGUGAGAAGAAGUUCUACACUAUGGCUCACGUCCGUAAACACAUGGUUGCUCACACUAAGGACAUGCCGUUUACCUGUGAGACAUGUGGGAAGUCGUUUAAACGCAGCAUGUCUUUAAAAGUUCACUCACUCCAGCAUUCUGGAGAGAAGCCCUUCCGUUGUGAGAACUGUGACGAGCGGUUCCAAUACAAGUACCAGCUGCGCUCCCACAUGAGCAUUCACAUCGGACACAAGCAGUUCAUGUGCCAAUGGUGUGGCAAAGACUUCAACAUGAAACAGUAUUUUGAUGAGCACAUGAAAACACACACAGGAGAGAAGCCUUUCAUCUGUGAGAUUUGUGGGAAGAGCUUCACCAGCCGGCCAAACAUGAAGCGCCACCGUCGCACCCACACUGGGGAGAAGCCCUAUCCCUGCGAGGUGUGCGGCCAGCGCUUCCGCUUCUCCAACAUGCUCAAAGCACACAAAGAGAAGUGUUUCCGGGUCACCAGCCCUGUGGUUCUGCAGACCAGCGGCCCGCCCGUGCCUGUCCGAAUCUUUACCAACACCUUCUCCUCCUCGUCCUCCUCGUCUGGUCCUGGUCCCUCAGUUGCCACCCCAGCCACCACCUCGGCACCCCUUGGCCUCAGCCCGCCCGGAGGCCCCAUGGGACACACAUUCUCCCACGUGCAACUCCACUCAACCCCUUCUCACCAUCAUCCCCACCCACCAACAACCCAGCAACACCUCUCAAACGCACCCCAACAUGCCCAACCCCACCCUCACCACCACCUGGCCGUGCCCCCAGUCUCCCACCUGCCCCCACCCCCAGCCCUUUUCAAGAGCGAGCCCUUAAACCACUGUGGGCACGAAGACAGCAGCUACCUGCACCACAUGGCUCCUCAAGACAAGGGACCCGGAGCCCCGCAGCACCACUGAACUGUGCUCCAGCUCUGCAGGCCCACACCAAACCGCGCCUUGUUCCUCCUCUUCUCAUAGUCCUGCCUCAGUGUCUCAGUUGUUAGGCCCCUGAUGUAAGGGUGCCCCUUUCAAACAGAUUUAAAAUAAGUAAAGCUAAACAUACACACCUGUGUAUGUGAUUCAGACUGAUACACCAUCAGUGCACACGUUAUUUAAGUACUACUUAAAUAUCCUGGUCAACUGACAAAUUUUACAACUUUUUUUUUUUUGGUCAUUUUCUUCCACACAAAAUCUCAAAUGAUCUCUGUGUGAGUUCUCUAUCUGUACAUUGAUAGGUGUAAAGUAUCUCAUUUUCAUCAUAAGCUGCUGAUGGAAGUCAACAUAUGUAUUACCUGGGCUUCAUGGAUCAUCAAUCAGAUCAGUGUCAUUGAACUUUUCCUCCUUAUGUCAAGUUGACUUAUGGUUGCACAUUGGUCAGGACAUUUGCUUUCUGUGCAGGUCCUCCUCAUAGCAAUACUCGACCUGUCCUCUUGGUUGGACUGCAAAGCCUCGGCCCCCCCACAGAAGAAAUGUUGAAUGAAUGUUGUAACUGGUUCUACCUGAGCCUUCCUUUGUCCUGUUCGGUCAGAAGGGCAACAGCAGUAGUGCAAGACGCAGUGCCAUAGGUUACAGUAAGAAGGCGGGGAGGACUUUUUGUAAAGGACAAAAAAAAAAAAAGGUUUUGUAAAUGGUUAGCUGAGUCUAGACAGUCUAGAUUCAUAUCGCAGUUUAAUGGUGCUUUCCAUUCCAGUACAUAAAAUAUUUCUUAAUUAUGAUUUUCCAUUUAAUUUUCCGAAGUGUAAUAGAAAAUAACAAUGUAUUGUGUCAUACAGAACAUGUCUUGCCAGCCUGGCUUUUCUACAAUGGAUUUGAGAUUUGACAUUUUGUGAUGAGGAAACUCAAGUUAUGCAGGACAUGCCAUAGGCACACACCCUCACACUUAACUCAAGCACACACACACACACACACACACACACAGACACACACACACACAAGACCAUAUGGUCACUGAUUUACUUACUGUGAUCAGUGCAACCUCAGCUUUCAGUACUGUUGGUCAACAGAUGAUUUUAGAUAACAGAUGACUGUCAAAUACUGCCACUGUGAGGGGCCACACACAUGGCCCCAUCAGGAUUUACCCCACCUUCUUUCGCUGCUGUCUAAAUAAUACGGGUUACCAUGUUAAAGGUCAUUCGACACACACACAGUAUACACACCUGGGACCUUUUUUUCAUCACAAUUCUUUACAGGCAAUUAUGCAUAUUCCUCUCAGCCUAUAUUCCACGGUUUGGUGUGGGGCGUUGUUGUAAUGUAGGUUUGUUUUUUGACUUUCAUCAUACUGACAUACUUUGAUCCACGCAGGCAAACGCGUGUCUAAACCUGUUGAAUGUUGCCUACGCAGAAUGAUGGCUGAUGAGUCAUUCAUAUGUUGUUGUUUUUUUUUUUUUUUAAUGUUCUCUGAUAAUUUUGCUCAGUUUUAAGCUAAUGAAUGGUUCUGCAGUGUAGAUAUACUGUUAGCACAUGAUAAGAAAUGUCAGGAUAAAAGGCAGUGGUUAUACAACUUCUAAUACUUGGAAUUAUUGUAUAGAUAAGCAUACAUGUGAUCAAGUCAGCGCAGGAAAUUACAUUUAUUAAUGUAAUAACCGGUCGUGUGAAUGUUAUUUGUUUAAAAGAAGCAUAAAUGGUUGGCAAAUAUUUGACAUCAAUUUGGAUUGCCUGGUUCUUAGCCCUUCACCCAGUCUGACGGCUAUCAGAUGUGCGUUUAAGAGCGUGUGUAUGAAAGUAAUAGUGUGUGUGAAAGUGAGAGAGAGUGUGUGCGUGCGUGCAUGCAUUAGUCUCUACCGGUCUGUCUGGUUGUCCCCAGUGCUCUUGUACCAAAAGCUGCUUUUACACAGUGUGCCCCAAAAAUAUGUGUAUUUGGGGACACCUGAGAUGGACAAUAGCAGUAAAUUUAACAUGAUCCUCUUUCUCCCACUUAAAAAGAAUUGAAUCUGAAGUUUUUUAAGCUCAGUAGUUUAGGGUGCCCCUCUUUUAAUUUGAGACCUGCAAUUAUCCUGCCAUUUCUGUGGGUCUUAAUACCGCUGCAUUAUUUGCUUAUCAUCCUGCCCCCUUCGGGUUCACUGCUGCGCUUCAGCAUUUUGCAGUAUGGAUCUUUUGUUUUUUGUUUUUUUUAUAAAGCCUUUUCAUUUGUGUGUAUUCUCUGCACUUUACUGCUGCGUGGGUGAGGCGCAGGGAAGGGAGGGGACUGACAAUGCAUUGUGGAACAGAGUGCAGUUAUGGCUGCAUGGGAAAGGGUGAGAGGUGAUUACUUUGAGUGGAUGUUUUUAGGCAAGGAAAGGAGGAGAAUCCCCGGGUGGAGGCGGGUAGUGUGGAAGGGACCAUAGCAAACAAAGGACAUUUUAUUUUAGUAUGUGCAUAAAUUUAAUUUCCUAUAUUUUUCAAAGAAAUUCACUUUUGCUCUAAUACGGACCUCCCCUCAAGGCGAAAGCGAUGUUCCUCCUGCUUUGGCGACUUUCCACUAGCCCCUCCAAGCUAUGUCUGAAAUACAUUUUUACAUUCUUCUGUUAUGUUUGCUCAUGGAGGUUUUUUUUCUCUCCGUCAUGCUGUUUGUCAUUGUUUGCUGAAUGAUUCUCCUCCUCCUUUCUUUGUUAUAUAGAAUGCACUUUCUACUAAAAUUCUUGGCUAGUUAAGAAAAAAUAACAUUGUAUGUUCUUUAAAGAUGUUUUAAAAAAAAAUCAAUAUACUUUUCCCCCUUUGUAUUUUUAACCACUUAAUGUAGCAUUGCGUAUUUUAUUAUUGUAUCUGGUACAAAAUGUGCAGCUUUAUAAUGUCCUGGUUUGUCCUUUUUUUUUUGUAUGUUAUCUGGAGAUUUGGGGAGAAGUGAAAAAGUUGGGCCUUUUUUUGAUAAUGUACAUUUAACUGACUGCUAACUUUGAGAAGUAAAAACAAGUAGCCAUGAUUAUCACAGAUUU